CCUACAGACAGUUCACGUACGUAGGUUGCAGUUUGUUUUGGUAAACCAAAACAGUGCACAAUAUUGCCUGCGCCGGCAGUACGUGCGAGAUCGUGGCGGUAUAAUGUGGUUAAUUUUUUUGGCUGUCAUUUUCUCGGUUUUGUUCCUGAGUAUUUUGAUAGAAAGUAUACGAAAUGUUUUGCUGUAUUUCAAGUUAAAACGAAGCCUUCCAAAGUCAAGAUCCAUUCCGUGGCUUCCGAUAGUGGGUAGCUAUGCUCUCUACAAAGAAGAUCUUUCGUCAACUGGAAUAUUAACAACAUUUGAUCGAUUGGUGAUGAAAUAUGGAGACGGUUUCCUGCUACAGGGUUUGAUGAAUGAGCCAUCCGUUUACGUUAGCACUCCUGAUGUAGCUGAGCAAGUUCUCUCUACGCCUGGUAAUCAUAAAGCGAAACUGUACGACUUCAUAGCUCCGCUGUGCAGUACUGGAAUUCUUACUGCGUACGGUACUAGAUUUGCGGAGAAACGCAAGAUGGUGGCGCGUGCGUUCAGCUACAGGAUGUUAGAAAUCUUCUGCGGAGUUUUCAAAAGUCAAUUUAUUCAUCUACGAGAGAAAAUCCAGAGUAACAUCGGAAAAGGAGAUUUCGACGUGCACGAUGCGAUCUGGUGGUACGCCCUUGAUGUGAUCGCUGAAACGGCUAUGGGAGUGAAGCUAGGCUGUCAAAAAGAUCACUCUCUGCCAUACGCGAAAGCCCUGGAAGAAUUGAUGCAUAUUUUCGCUCGCCGAAUUUACAACCCAUUGAAUCAAUACGAGCUCAUAUUCCGGCUACGAAAAAUGUACCGACGUCAGAACGUUGUGGCCAAAUACGUUCAUGACUUCUCUGAUGGCGUUAUAAAGCAACGGAAGGAGAAGCUUUUAGAUCUUAUGAGAGAUCAACCCGCUGGUGAUGAUCACUGCAAAACUUUGCUUGAUCAUUUACUGACAGCCAAAGAGCGUGGUCAGUAUUUGACGGAUAAGGAAAUUCGUGACGAAGUAAAUACAUUUAUGCUCGGCGGCCAUGAUACGACUGCCAGCACUGCCAGUUUUGCUGUCUAUGAGUUAUCUCAGAAUGCCGACAUUCAACAGAGGGUUUAUGACGAGCUGAUGGAGGUGUUCGGUCACGAUCUCAAAAAACUUCCUUUGAACGUUAGCAACCUCCUUAAACUGAAGUAUAUGGAUAUGGUGAUCAAAGAAACACUUAGGAUGUACACCGCAAUACCCUUGAUCGGUCGAAAGGCAACAGGAGAUUUGAUGAUUGAUCAGCUAGUCAUUCCCAAGGGAACAUCGGUAAUGGUUAUGGUACAAACGAUGCAUCUUGACCCCAGACUUUUUCCGGAGCCGAAACGAUUUGACCCAGAACGCUUCACUGAAGAGGCCAUCUCGAAAAGACAUCCUUACAGCUAUCUACCUUUCGGGGCUGCUCCGCGACUCUGCGUUGGACAAAAAUACGCUAUGGUUGAACUUAAGUUAUUACUGACGUUGCUGUUGGCUAAGUUCAAGUUUUUACCAUGUGAUUCGGGAAACCGUGUUCAAGUUGAGGUUAGUCUUACUUUGACCACCAAAACUGGCGUUAAUGUGAAGGUUGAAUCUCGUUAGCAA